UGCAUAGUUCACACACCACACACUGUCUGCUGCACAGCAAAGAGUUUAGAAGUGUCACUUUAUUUAGUGAAAAUGUCUGGGAAAGUUGUGUUGCAUUACUUCAAUGGAAGAGGGAAAAUGGAGUCGAUCCGAUGGCUUUUGGCCACAGCUGGAGUCGAGUUUGAGGAGGUGUUUUUGACCAAAAGGGAGCAUUAUGAUAAACUGCUGAAUGAUGGAGCCCUGAUGUUUCAGCAGCUGCCUUUGGUUGAAAUAGAUGGGAUGCAGCUUGUCCAGACAAAGGCUAUCUUGAAUUACAUCGCUGGAAAAUACAACCUCUAUGGAAAAGACCUGAAAGAACGGGCUUUGAUUGACAUGUAUUCAGAGGGUAUGAUCGAUCUAAUGGAACUUAUCUUGCUGUUGGCUAUUGCGCCACCUGAAGACAAGCAGAAACAGCUCAGUAAUAUAGAGCAAAAGGCAAAAGAGCGCUUCAUGCCUGUGUUUGAAAAGGGUCUUGCAAACUCUGAUUUCCUGGUGGGAAACCAGUUGAGCCGCGCUGACGUUCACCUUCUGGAGACCACUCUGAUGCUGCAGGAGUUAUUCCCUACAAUACUGUCAACCUUUCCCAAAAUCCAGGCGUUUCAGGAAAGAAUGAAGGCCUUACCAAGAAUCAGCAAGUUCCUGCAGCCCGGCAGUGCAAGAAAACCUCCGACUGAUGAGAAUUUGAUAAAAACCUUGAAGGAAGUGUUGAGCCACCUCUUUAAGUAGAAGGACCAUGGAAAACCAAUUCUUCAAAACAUUUCAAUUAUGUUAAUCACUAAUUAAUUUACAAGUGUCCUUAUUAAAACUAAAAUUGGCAGAUUUAUUUGGAACGUACAAGAUGCAGUUUGAAUAAAGUGACAAUAUUGUGAUAUGAAGAUUGCAGCUGUUCAGUACAUGUUGUCAGGAAGUGUUUGUCUGUCCAUGAUCUCUCAAAAUCAAACAUCUCAGAACCAUCAUGAGGUUCUGAAAUAAGAACACAGUCAGAUUGACCAUCAGAAUAAACUCUCAGACAGAUUAUCAUCAUCAUGCCACAUCUGCACCUGUCAAUCUGAUUUAACAUAGAGUCAUGGUCAAAAUCAGAACUUAAAACUAACUUUUUGCCACACCUGCCAAUGGCCGAUGACUUUACCAUUUAAAAUUUACCAGCCAUGAAACUGCUACUAAUAAAGUAAUCAAAUGUAAAAUAACACUGCACAGUCUUCACUGUAUAAAUUAAACAGUUUAAUCCUUAUUAAAGUUACAAAGUUAUUCAAUCAAAA